AUGUCUUCAAAAACAACAAUUGUUCCGAGUAAAGGAAUAGAAACACCAAGAGGAGUGAUUUUUAAGCUUGCUAUACAUACUCUUAUGAUGAUAUUUCUUCCACUUAGCACUUAUUAUUAUACUUCAAAUCAUUAUUUUGAAGGAGAGAAUAAAGCAACUUUCGCUGCACUUGCGGCUGCUGGAAUUGCAAAUCUUGUCGUAUUUUCUUUUAUAGUUACAGCAGCUUUAGAAGAUUCUGGCGACGUACAACAAACAAAACGGGAUAAAAAAGAAUGA